GGCCCUCAGCCAUAUGUCGACAUCAUAUAACCGUAAUUACAAGGUGUUGAGUGCGUCGCUAAAAACCCCAAAACAUUCUUUCGUUCUGAGCUGUAAAUCUUGUUGUCUUUUGUGUGUGUGCGUGUGUGUGUGUGUGCGCGCGCCGGUACCGGGCUGCGAACCCUGUACCUACCAGCCUUAUAUAUAACCACGACACCAUCAAGGCCGGUUAUUAGCUAGAGCAAUUGACAGUAAUAACAGCCUUAUAAGGAAAACUGCGUGAGACGCAUGUCCGUUGUAUGAAUGGAAUGGACAGGUGGUAAAAAAAUCAACACGGGGACACCAGCCACAAGUUCAGCCAGAAAACGUUUUGUGAAUGUUCGCGAACUAAUUUGAUUGGCUCACUCCAAAAUUUAAUAUAGUAAAAAAAAAAAAAAAAAAAAAAAAAAAAAAGAAUAAACAAAAAAAAAACCCCAACCCAGAUUUGAUUAGGGGGCAUGCCACUUCCCUGGAUUGACCCUUUGUGGGUUUUUUUUUUUAAUAUUCCAUUCACUUGCUGCUGACACUGCGUCUGAGAACUUGUCCAGAAACACGAAUGCUUCUGUCGUCGACGGCUGGACAUUAUGGGGCUGCUCUCGCUGUUGAUGGAGAUUACAAUAGUUUGUUCUCGGGUGGUUCCUGUACCCACACAGCGUCUGCUCGUAUCCACCCGUGGUGGGUGGUGGACCUGCGGCAGACGGCAGUGGUCAAAGAGGUCGUCAUUUACAACCGACAGGACUGUUGUGGUGACACUAUAACAACUGCAGUCCCUCCAGCUUCGACAACCACUGACGCAGGUUUAACAACGGGUGAACUUUUUGAAAGUGAAGGUCAAGAAUCUAGUACUUUAGAAACUCCACUGCACGACGAUGACCGAAACGGCGCCGACUUCAUCGUGCUAACCGUCGUCGUAGUUCUAGUGGCUGCUGUCAGUCAUGGAGUUUGGUUCGUGUAUAAAAGACGGAAACCAACUAUGGAAUCCAAAGAUGAUACAGUGAAAUUCUCACAAUCGCAGAAUAAACAAGGAUAUGACAACAUGGUCUUUUCCAUGGAAGAGGAUACGAUAUGAAUGUGACAAAAUAGCCAACAAAAACCAUUAAAAAAAAAAUAAUAAUAAUAAAAAAAAAUAAUUAAAAAACCCAAAAGAAGAGAAAACAAAAUGAAAGAACCCAGUCGAUAUUCAUUUUAAUUAAUAAAGCAAUGAAGAAAAAACUCUCUUAGAUUUAGAAAAAACAAAACUGGCUGUUCACAAUUACUAAGUAAUUUUUAAGUUUCACUGUGCAUUACCCAUUGCAAUACUGUGACAAUAAAUAUACAAAUUACAGAUAUUAAGGUGAUUUAAAAUGGAUUUGGUGAACCCAUCGGGAAAUUUCACCAUUUUGGCAGCCAUUUUGAAUGUUGAGGAAUAUCACGGCCAUCUUAGAUUCUUUAAAUUAUUUGAUUGAAUUAAUUUAAAUGGAUCCAAAAAUUUCAAAACCGGUUUUUAUGCUAAUCUUCCAAAAUAAUUGUGAAGGGGGGGGGGGGGGGGGCUCAAAUGAAAGCUACAGUAGCGUAGAAUAUGAAGAAGUAGCAAGCAUGCCACAGACAUUCGAUGUGUUCUUGUGAAAAAGAAAAUAUGAUAAAAAUUGGGAUAUUUUGGGGGAAAUUGGGGUAUGGUGACUUAAAGGGACAUAUUUUUUACUAUUAGAGCAGUUUUCGAUAACUGAAAACAUACUUUACUUAGAUUUUAUUGUUUAAAUUAUCUAUUUCCGC